AUGGAAGACUAUUUUCAAGAUGAAACUGACCUUUAUAAUAGUCUAAGUACUAGGUACAAACAUUUGGUUAUUUCAAAUCAGACACCUCAAUUAAAAGGUAUUAUUACAAUUCUGAGAGACGUAAAUACAAACAAGGAAGAUUUUAUGUUUUAUACAGACAGAGUUAGCAGAAUAGUCUUGGAAGAUGCUCUAAAUUUGUUACCUUAUAAUGUAAAAACCAUAAAGUCACCGAUGAAUGUAGAAUAUAACGGCAUUACUUUUAAUACACCAAUAUGUGGAGUUAGUGUAUUAAGAUCUGGUGAAGCCCUUGAAAAUGCUUUAAGAGCAGUCUGUAGAGGGUGUAGAAUAGGUAAGGUAUUGGUAGAAAAAGGCAUAAGUAGUAACUCCGAAGUUAUAUCAUCAUAUGUGAGACUACCAACUGAUGUCUCAAACAGAGUCGUCAUACUCAUGUAUCCUGUAAUGGAAACAGGUAAAUCUAUUUGUAGAGUUAUUCAAAUACUUACUGAACAUCAUGUAGAAACUAAAAAUAUUAUUUGCAUGGUAUUGUUUGCAUCUAAACAAGGGAUAGAAACGAUCUUUUCAAGAUAUCCAGAUAUUAGGUUAGUUGUGGCUUCCGUGGAUCCCCUAAUAGACAAGGAACAUCAGUUACUCCCUAGUCUUGGUAACUUUGGUGAUAGAUAUUUUGGUACCUAA